GCCGACAGCCAUGCCACGUCAGCAGCCGAACAGCGCCACGUCAACAGCAGAGAGUGCCACGUCAGCAGUUCCCCUGCCUGGUCUAUGCUCAUGCACUUUCAAGCAGCCGUCAUGGACCAAAAGCCAGGGGAAACGGCUGAGGCCUAUCAGGCCCGGAUGCUGGUUUUGAUUACCGAAGCCAAGCAAUGGUCUAAUGCGGUAGCAGCCGCAGAGAAGACGGAAGCGGAGGAUGCAGAGAAAGCACGUCUGCUGGCGGUGGAACAACAGCGCCAGCACGACGAGGCAGCAGCAAAGGCUGCUGAUGAAGAACGCAGCAUGCGACGUGAAAAGGUAUUCGGAGAGGAGAGAGCCUUACUCACUAUGGCAGCGGAAUGGCGGAGCGAGGCUGAAGGUGGCGCAUUCAGCGACAGCGGUCUCAAGAUAUCGCUGUUGCUCUGCCACGUCACGGACCUCCUGGCGACGUGCGUUGUACAACAGGAGGACAUCCAUUCCCUCGACAAUGACGUCAAGCAAAUCGACAGCCGCCUCAAGCAGCUGGAGCAUCGACCCGUCGCCGCCCCCGUGGCCAGCUCCUCGAACACUGCUGAUCGCCUCAACGCCUUGGAGAUCAACGUCGGAACACUCACGGACGGCGCACCGGCACAGCAAGCGGCUACUCAACAACUUGAGCAGCGGAUCUGCCCUGCCACCGCUGGCCCGAGCACGUCAACACGCGAGACAACUCCGAAGUUUGAUGGACAAGACAUUUCCUGCGACUCUCCGAAGACGGACCCAAUUCCAUGGUUCCGCCAGUUCGAGCUCAAGUUAGAGCUCCACCACACCAGUGAAAACAAGAAACACGCCUAUUUGUACCCCUGGUCGGGGGGCGCGUGUCGAGCUUGGUUGGAUAAUCUCUUGUCCACGCAUGAGGUGGUGGCUUCCGAACUGCAUACCAAGAUCAGCUGGGCUGAUCUGAAUGUGGCGUGGCAUAAGCGGUUCCAAACAGAGCCGUUGGAAAUGCAAGCAAUGGACAAGUUGAUCAAGUUCCACCAGAACACGCUACUGAGCGGGGAUUGGAUUUCGGAGUUCCUACGCUUGGCAUCCACGCCAAGUGUACCGAUGGACUUUCAGGCCGUCAAACACUACUUCAUCUCGAGGUCGUGUCCGGCAUUGUCCAACGUCCUGGCUCAAGUCGCAAACAUGCUCACUACAAUGGCGGAGCUCUUCGACAAGGCCGCGCAGAUCAUCUUCACGAACACGGAGGCCAAGAACCUCAAUCGUUUGCCUGCGGCAGGCCCAAGCAGAGAACAGCAUCGGCCAAAAGUGGCCGUGGUCGCGGCGGCAAGCCGACCAACCCUUCAAGCGAGGCCGCGUUUGCCUAUGAGGGGGACAGACUCGCAGCCGCCCGGGAUGGUGGCCGCCCCGACGAAGGCCGAGGAGGCGGCAGAUCGAAGACCGACACCUUUCCCCCGUGUGGUGCGGUUGCUUGACGAGUUCGCCGACAUCUUCCAGUCACCUACCGUUGUCGUGUCGGACCGGUCAAUCUCUCACGAGAUCAUUCUUGAGGUCGGUGUCGUGCCGCCGAAAGGUUGCAUCUAUCGCAUGAGCAAGGAGGCGCUCACGGUCCUCCGCGCACAGCUCGACGACUUGUUGGACAAGGGCUGGAUCCGCCCUAGUAGCUCCCUAUAUGGAGCACCAGUUCUCUCCGUACGAAAGAAGAACAAGGAUCUACGAUUGUGCAUCGAUUACCUCAAGCUCAACGUGCAAACCGUCAAGAAUGUGGGGCCUCUUCCUCGCAUCGACGAUCUUCUUGAGCGAUUGGGCGGCGCAAAGUACUUUUCCAAGUUGGAUUUGAAGUCGGGGUAUCAUCCGAUUUCGAUAUGCCUGAACGAUCGCUAUAAAUCCGCGUUCAAGACGCGGUACGUGCAGUUUGAGUGGGUGGUCAUGCCUUUUGGCCUCACCAAUGCCCCGACGACCUUUCAAGCGGUGAUGACCAACGAGUUCCGUGCGAUGUUGGACCGGUUCGUGCUGGUGUACUUGGAUGACAUUCUCGUCUACAGUCGGACGUUGGAGGAUCAUCUUGCACACCUUCGACGAGUGUUGGAGACGCUCCACCGCCCCAAGUACAAAGCCAACCGCGACGAGUGCGAAUUUGUUCGGCAAGAGAUGGAAUACUUGGGCCAUUUUGUCACACCGGAGGGCAUCAGUCCGUUGUCGGACAAGAUUCAAGCCAUCCAAGAGUGGUCAAAGCCACAGAACGUCAUAGAUGUCCGUUCGUUUCUUGGCCUUGUCGGCCACUACCAACGUUUUAUAAAGGGAUACUCAAAAAUCGUGGCCCACUUGACCAAGCUUCAAUGUGAGGAUCGGUCGUUCGACUUCGGUGAGGAUGCGCGGGUUUCAUUUUUGGCCCUCAAAGUCGCGUUACUAUCCGCAGAGGUCUUGCGAAUCUACAACCUGCUAUUGUCGACACGCGUCACUACCGAUGCGCUCGGCUAUGGCAUUGGUGCUGUCCUCGAGCAACACGAUGGCGUCGACUGGCACCCGACCGAGUAUUUCAGCAAGAAGGUGCAUGCCGUGCACUUAAUCGAUGAUGCAUGGAAGAAGGAACUACUAGCCUUCGUCCACACGCUCAAGUGGUGGCGAUACUUUCUCCUUGGUCGAAGUCAAUUUCGAUGAGUAACGACCAACAGUCCGUUAGUCUCUUACAAG